UUGCUAUCGACGUAUUAUUUCGAUAAUAUAACAUCUUGAGCGUCUGUGAACAAUACGCGUUAGAUCUGUAUACUCUUUUGAGACACGACUUUAUUUUGUCUUUGCAAACUUUUGCGAACUUUUAUUGUGGCAAUUGCGAGGUGCAGAGCAACGUAUUGCUCGUCGUUUGUACACGUAUUUUACGACGUUUUAAACUGCAAAAACGGUUUUAUUUGUGAUUCCUAAAAAGAUAAAUAUGGAUUGAGAAAAUAGGAUAUUUCAUAAGGAUUCUAUACAAAUUUCAACAAAAGAACAAUUAAAGAAGAGAAAGUGUGCUAGUAAUACAAGACAACGUGACAUAUGACGUAAAAAAGAUGCCUCUGCAACAGUGGAUACAUAUACGACACAACUUUGAUAUACCGUGGAAGACCUUCGUCAGAGAGUCAUCUAAUAUACAGGAUAAAUCUCCAGAGAGAUGCGUUCAUCAGUUGGCUUUCCAAGGUAACGAAGCAAAGGCUACUUAUGAAGAAAUUGUUCAACAAACUAGUUAUAGCAAUACUCCAUCAGCAAGAUUAAAGAAUUUAAGAUUAAAAGUCACUGGAAACCAAGACAACUCCAACACAAAUUCAACUUCUAUUGUACAAUCAAAGAAGAGUACACUUUCUGAUGAUAUUCUAGCAAAAGUCACAAUCAAUACAUUGUUAAAAGCAGUGGAGCAAAAAGACUUAAAGUUUUUGCAAAAACACAUGACGACAGAAAAUGUAAAUUCUUCUGACGACUUUGGUUGGACUCCAUUAAUGUCCGCUGCUUAUUGUGGUCAUUUAGAGAUUGUGCAAUUUUUAUUAAAUCUUGGGGCUAACAAAAAAACUAGAGACAAGUCUGGUCUUACUGCAGCACAACUAGCUUUAAAAAGAAAUUAUUUGAAUAUCGUAGCGCUAUUGAAGAAGUCUGAUCCCAUAAGCAGUAUCAAUCAGUUAACUGCAAAUAUUCCAAAUACAAAUAAUACAAGUAUUUUGUCAGUAAGAUCAUUGCCUAUAGAAUCAUCAGUGGAACAUAAUAAAGACAAUGUUAUGGAAGAUAAGACACAGCUGGAGCAGAACGCAGCGUUUUACUGUGAAAUCUGUAAAGCAACCUUUCAAGAAACAACGCCACAAAAACAUGAAAGUUCAACUCUACACAUCUUUAAUACAAAACCGAAACUGAAAUAUACAAUGUAUGGAAUAUCGAGGCAAAAUAAAGGAUACAGAAUGCUUUUGAAUACAGGAUGGGACGAGGAAGCUGGUCUUGGUCCUUCUGGGAAAGGAAUAAAAUAUCCCAUCAAAACAUGUUUAAAAAUGGAUCGCAAAGGAUUAGGACAAUUAAUAGAAAAUGAGUAUAAGAUUACUCAUUUUAAGUCGGGCGAUACAACUGCCAUUAACAGCUCCAAAAUGCCCAAGCAAAAACCUUUGAAGAAAAGAGACAGAGAAAGGCUACUUCACAGAGAGGCUAGGAAAGAAAGAGCUUUGCGUAUAGCAUUAUCUUAAAAUAAAUAUAAAUAAUUCUAUUUUGAAUGUGAUGUUAUUUCAAGAUUAAAUGUAA